AUGCCGGAGCCCCAGGCAUGGAAGAGGGAAGCAGAUGCCACCGGAAGUGGCUGCCAGCAGCUGUCAGCUGAGCCCACAGCUUGCCUUUGGCCAGAGGGGGCCCACAGCAGUUCCUCCAUUCUGGUGGCCAGCAGCUAUGUGGCCAUGGGACAGUGUGAGAGCCCUCGGGCUGUGGUCACAUCCACCAUAAAUGGACAAACGAGGGCUUUGCCAGGAGGCUCAGGCGCGGGCUGGUCCCCAUCCUUCCUCUUAACCCCGUUGCGAGGCUGCCGAGGCCGCCUUCUGCGCGGGAGGACUGACCCCUGGCGACCGAGGCAGACGUGGCGGGCUUGGGGCUUGGACUUUUCUGAGCGGUGGUGCAUCAGCCAACGCAGCCUAAGGAAGCUGAAUAACGCAGGCUUCCUGCCACCCCACAGCCCGGGAGUUGGGAGGUGUGGCCGGUGGGGUGAGGGGUCCGAGUCCCACGGUCUAGGACGUUCAUUUCUCCGAGGCUCAGUCUCUCCUCUGGUGGGACCAUGUCUGGAAGAGCCCCUGGCUUGGCUCCUGGAGCUGGCGGCCAGAGCCACCAGGAAGAUCCAGGAGCCAGGGCCACCCUCGGGUCGCCUUAGCAACAGCAUCCAUGAUCAGACUUUAAGGCAACUGGGACCCGUGCUCCCUAUGGGAGGCUGCAGGUUCACGUCGGUGUCUGGUGAUAAAGAAGACAGGGAUACAGCAAGAAGGAAGGAGGCCCUGUGCGCGACACUAAGAUUAGUGACACCAUAG